AUCCGUGUCUUCCGCUUCCUUCUGCGCCAUAUUAUAGUGAGACAGCAGAUACACGGUCGCAGUGAUUAUUUCUUGUCAGUUUAUCACAAAAUUCUGUAACAUCAAAGAUCGCAAUGCUGUCCAGUGCUUAUUAUGGUGAGAAUGAGCGAAUGAAGGAAUUUCAUUACGCUGGCCCCACUGAGCACAAGUUUUCACCCUAUGCUUUUAACGGAGGUACUGUAUUAGCUCUCGCUGGUGAUGAUUUUGCCAUUGUUGCCUCUGACACACGUCUAAGUGAAGGAUACUCCAUCCAUAGCAGAGAGUCUCCAAAAUGCUACAAACUAACUGACACUACUGUGAUUGGCUGCAGUGGAUUUCAUGGAGAUUGUCUGACACUGACCAAAAUAAUUGAUGCUCGAUUAAAGAUGUACAAGCAUGCAAACAACAAGACAAUGACAAGUGGAGCAAUUGCUGCUAUGCUCUCUACCAUUCUGUACUCACGACGUUUUUUCCCAUACUAUGUUUAUAAUAUCAUUGGUGGACUGGAUGAAGAAGGAAAGGGAGCAGUGUAUAGUUUUGACCCUGUUGGCUCAUAUCAAAGAGACCAGUACAAAGCUGGAGGCUCUGCAAGUGCCAUGCUACAACCCCUUCUUGACAAUCAGAUUGGAUUCAAGAACAUGGAAAAUGUGCAGCAAGUACCAUUGACAAAAGAGAAGGCCAUUCAGCUAGUUAAGGAUGUCUUCAUUUCUGCUGCAGAAAGAGAUGUCUACACAGGUGAUGCCCUAAAAAUCUGCAUUGUCACAAAGGAUGGUAUCACAGAAGAAACCAUUCCUCUUCGGAAAGAUUGAUUCCCCCCACCCCUCAUUAUAUGCUUUUUCAGUUAUUUUUGAGUUUUCGUAAAUAAAUUUUAUAACAAACAUGGUCAGAACUGA